UCUGGACCAAUGGGAAGCCGCGGAACGUUGGCGAGCGCUGCUGGGGACAGAGGCCGCGGAGAGAGACGCAGGAGGCGGCGGCAGGGAGCGACCCGUCCCGGUGAUUCCUCCAUGGAGAGACUCGUCCUGUGAUUCCUCCAUGGGACAGAGACUCGGGAACGGAAGCCGAAGCUGACACCGAGGCGCCGGACACGGUGCUGACCGCCGCGGAGCUCCUAUCCCCGGCCUGGACCGGUGGGAGAGAAGAAGAAGAGGUGAAGUUACGAAGGCUCGGACCAAAACAAGACUUCCCAGCCGGAGGGGGACAACGGCGCCUCGUCAUGAAUGGAACCUGACUCGUCUCCUCGCGCGGUCUUUGGGUCGAACGCCCGUUAAACCGGAGCGACCGCUGUUACCGUGACAUCGGAGCCCCGGUAUAAAACACGAUUUGCCCUUGAAGAUCAAAAUGAACUGUCCGUCACCGACAAACGAGGCGAAGCUCUCGUAGCUGGAGGAGGAUUCCCUGCCCUGACUUUCCCUCCUCCUCCUCCUCCUCCUCCUAGCUCUCCUGGGAUCAAUGACAGGACCCAACUCCCCAAGCCGGGCCGGCACUUCCUCGGCCAAAUGGAACAGGCACGGCCGAUCAAAGAGCACAAGCUCGCACUGCCUCCUCCGCUGCAGCACCCAGGAGGAAUCCUCCGCCUCUCCCCCAAAUAAUAGUUCCCGGUCCCCUGGGGAGGAAGAGGAGAAGGAUGGAGGAGUUCUUUUCUAUGUCAACCGGACUGGUUUCCCCAUCGAAAGCAUCACCUGGGAGAGGAUGUGGUCCCAUGUGGCUGCUGUGCACCCUGAGGGUCAGGAGAUGGUGGACAGGAUACAAAAUGCUGCAUACCUUCCCAGGCAUCCUGUUCCUUCAGUCCCGACCUUCAAACCGUCCAUGUCGGUCCCAGACUGGCUGGUGGCCGUCCAGAACUACAUGAAGGCCCUGCAAUACAACCAUACAGGAACACAGUUCUUUGAAAUCAAGAAGAGCCGUCCACUGUGCGGGUUAAUGGAGACAGCAAGAGAGAUGAUCAGGGAGUCUCUGCCAAUCAAAUGCCUUGAAGCCGUUAUCCUGGGAAUCUACCUGACCAACGGGCUGACGUCUCUGGAGCGUUUCCCCAUCAGCUUUAAGACUCAGUUUUCAGGCCACUGCUUCCACCACGUUGUUCUGGGCGUCUACUGCAACGGUCGCUAUGGAUCGCUGGGCAUGAGCCGCCGCCAGGACCUGAUGGACAAACCGCUUACCCACCGGACGCUGGGGGAACUGGUGGCCGAGUUUGAGAGCUCCUACAAGAGAUACCAGCACACUCUGAAGAAGGUGAAGAUCGGCCUGUAUGUGCCUCACGACCCCCACGUCUUCCAGCCAAUAGAAUGGAAGCAUUUGGUCCUGAAUGCCGCCAGACUGGGAGCUCAGGAGAUGAGGAAGGAGCUGGAGAAACACGGUCGAGACAUGAGGAUGAAGAUCCUGAAAUCAUCCAGCGCCCAGUCACCAAUCAAAGAGCGGAGCCGGGGAAAAUCCUUAUCACCACGGCGACGGCAGAGCAGUCCCCAGCGACGCUUCACUCAGCGCAGAGACAAAUCGCCGGCCUCCGUGGAGAGGAAACCUCCGGAGCUCAGCACGCUCAACGACGGCUACCAGAUCCGCAUCUGAGCCCCUCCGUCCCCGUCCGAGACGUCCUCAGCCCCUCCCGCAUCCGUCCACACGUCUCAACCACCCUGAUCCUAAAGACUCUACCAGCCACCAGCGCUUUUAGUGGACGAGACACUGCAGCUCUGACAAAGGUGGACGAUGAACACAAGUGCUUUCUGAGCUUUCAGAGGAGGAACUUCUUUGAAGCUGCGACUCGGAGAGAAAAGACGAUUUUAUAUUUCAAGAAGAGUUUGGUUGUCUGUUUCGUCGCCGUGGAUCCACGACAACAGCUUCACCACACAGCCUGAGAGCAGCGGCACCUUCUUCUUAUGUUUUUACACACUUCAACUCGGAUGUAGAAGUUCAGCGGAUUAUUUAUUUCUAAAUCUCCAACAUUUCAGUCAAGAAAUCGAAGGUUGAGAGCCGUCGUGUCCUGACAUCAUGUGAAAAUUCACAUUAAUAAACCAUCAUAUCAUCUCUGUCACCUCCUCAGAGGUCGAUAUUAUACCUUU